AUGGCCUUUCCCGGGGUGCUGCUGGCUCUGGCGCUGGCCGCAGCCUGGACGGGCCUGAGCAGUCGGAAAGAUGGGGGGACACCAGCUCCGCCGGACCCCAGGGAAGAGGAGGGACGCACAGGCUCUCCUGCGAACAUAUCCCCAUCCCGCCCCCGCCCAGGUGAAGCCUUCAGAUGCUUCACCUGCGAGCAGCCCACGGUCAUCGAGGCCUGCAGGAACAUCACCCAGUGCGGGCAGGAGCACACGGCCUGCAGCACCUCGCUGGUCAUGGGCCGCUCAGAGUUCCCUUUCAACCAGAGCCCCCUGGUGAUCCGCUCCUGCUCCAGUUCCUGCAAGGCUACAGACCCUGACAGCAUCGGGGAUGCGCACCUCAUCCGCUGUUGCUUCCAGGACCUCUGCAACUCCGGAGGCACUGCCAGCCCCGGCAUCAGGGUUCUGGCCACGCUGGGCACCGCACUGCUGGGCCUCAUGCUCCCCUGA